UUUGGGAGACAGGUUACUUAAUUUGCAAUAGUAGGCUGUAUGUGGACAAAGGUAGUCAUAUUUCAUAGUGUCAUCCCAUUCAUGUCCACACAGGAGUCUACAACAUCAUUUAUAAAACUUUGAUCUACAGUAUUUGCAGUGCUAUAAUUGUAUCAUGUGGAAGACUGGGAUUUAUAAAUUAGCGAGACAGUAAUGAUCUCUGGUAUAAAUGCAACUUCAUACUACAAAUCUCAGGAUUCCAUAUGAUGGCAGUGCUACAAUUAGGCUUUAUGAUAGAGAUCUUGGUGUUUAAGACAGGUUAUUUCCACGUAAGUACUGCAAGACUGAAGCCUUAGUCUAGAGCCACCUUUUUAAUCAUUUCUAGGACAGCAAUUUUUUAUUAAUUCAUCUUUCCAGUUGUUGUUAUUGGUUUUGCUGUUAAUGUUAUUUCACCUUCUUCUUUUUUUAAGGACAAUACUCUAUCAGCAUUGCUAAAAGGGAGCAUAUUAUGUGCCAUCCAUGGAUCAAAUGCCUACCAGUAUGGCUGUUAUUGAUGGUGGCUAAUGGGAAUACAGCUAUGCCAACAAGAGCUCCAUUGUUUCCCAACAAGGCUUUUGUAGUGGUGUGGAAUGCACCUACUGAACAAUGCCGACUACGCUACGACGUGGAUUUAGAUCUAAACGUUUUCAAUGUGCUAUCAAAUCCAAAUGAAACUUUGAGUGGGCCUACUGUGACAAUAUUUUAUCACACUCGGUUGGGAUACUAUCCCUAUUUUAAUGACAAUGGAGAUUCUAUCAAUGGAGGUAUACCGCAGAACCAGAGCAUCAUCAAACACCUAAACAAGGCCAAGUCGGACAUUGAUCAUUUCAUAACCAUGAAGAAAUUCCAAGGGCUUGGAGUCAUUGACUGGGAAAACUGGAGACCUCAAUGGGACAGGAAUUGGGGAAAUAAAACAAUUUACAAAAAUAAAUCUCUUGAACUUGUUAGAAAGAGGCACCCGCAUUGGCCCAAGAAUGCAGUUCACAAAGCUGCUAAGGAAGAAUUUGAAAAUGCUGGUAAGAAUUUUAUGAACAGCACCCUUUCUCUUGCUGAAAAUAUGAGACCAAGUGGAUUAUGGGGUUACUAUCUUUACCCAGACUGCUAUAAUUAUGAUUACAAGACCGAUAGCAAUACAUAUACAGGCAAAUGCCCAGAUAUCGCAUCUUCACGUAAUGAUCUUCUGCUCUGGCUUUGGAAAGAAAGCACCGCCCUUUAUCCUUCGAUAUACCUGGACAAGAGGCUGAAGUCAAGCCCAAAUUCUUUGAAAUUUGUACACUACCGAGUUAAAGAGGCAAUACGCAUUGCUUCCAUUGCUAGAAAAGACUAUGCUUUGCCUGUUUUCGUGUAUUCUAGGCCAUUUUAUGCCUAUACAUUCCAGGCUUUGACGGAGAUUGACUUGGUGCAUACUAUUGGUGAGAGUGCAGCCUUGGGGGCAGCAGGAGUUGUCCUUUGGGGAAGCAUCCAGUAUGCCAAUUCUUAUGAAAACUGCCUUACUGUGAAAAAAUACAUAGAUGGUCCCUUGGGGCAUUACAUCAUGAAUGUGACCUCUGCAGCCAAGCUUUGUAGCAAAGUCCUAUGUAAGAAAAAUGGAAGAUGCAUUCGUAAAAACAGUGAAUCAUUUGACUAUUUGCACUUGCAUCCUCAGAGUUUUAAGAUUAGGUUUUCCAAAACAGCAAACAAAGUCUCUGUGGUAGGAAAGAUGAAGAGGAAAGACAAGAAGGCCAUGAAAGAAAAAUUUAUGUGUCAGUGUUACCAAGGCUGGACUGGGAAAUAUUGUGAAAUGCCUAACUUCAAAAAGAAGGUAUGAAAUUUAUUGACAAUAAAUAUGAUGGAAAUUCAGUUGAUUAUGCAGUAUAUCAUUGCUACAGUUUCCUGAGACAUGAAACUAUUUCUAGAUUUUAAUCAAAAGCUGAUACAAGUACAGGGAUCACUGAAUUCUCAAAUACAGAGUAGUGUGCAAUCUUUCCCUUCCCAAGCUUGGG